GCCGUAACCGGCCUUGACCCUCGAAUGGACAUGUACACAAGAAGGUAGCGGAGCCUGGAAAAUAAUAAUGUCAGCGCUUUUUAAACCAUUUUCACGGCUAUUGCCGCGAGUGACAAGUAUCGGUUCGCGUCGUUCUUUUUUUAUUUAUUCACCAGAUGCACUCAGUCCUCAACAUGAUCGCGAACCGGCGAAGAAAUGUGCCGAAGAAGCUGUCCAAGCGAUUCAGUCAGGUCACAAAAUAUUUGUCCAUGGAUGUGCUGCAACACCAAACUACCUUCUGUCAGUGCUGGCUGACUAUGGAAAGAAAGCCGCUUUAAAAGAUGUUGAGUUAAUACAUAUACCAACUGUCGGUCCUGCAACUUACACUGAACCAGAGUAUGAAGGUAUUUUUCGAUCAAAGUCGCUGUUCAUUGGAGCAAACUGUAGGAAGGCCAUAGCUGAGGGACGAGCAGAUGCAGUGUCAAUCUUCCUCAGUGAAAUUCCACUUCUGUUCAGGAGAAAGAUUUACAAGUUGGAUGUUGCCUUGAUACAUGUCAGUCCACCAGAUCAGCACGGAUUCUGUUCUCUGGGUGUAAGUGUUGAUUGUACAAGAGCUGCUAUCCAAGCUGCUGAUUAUAUUAUAGCUCAAGUUAAUGAACAUAUGCCUAGAACACUGGGUGACGGGCUUAUACAUCAGUCUCACAUUGAUUGUAUGGUAGAACACAAUACACCCUUGCCGGAAAUAAUGCCAAUUAUCAGGACUCCGGAAAUUAACGAGAUUGCGCGACUGAUAUCUGAUAAUCUAGUGGAGGACGGGGCUACACUUCAGACAGGUAUUGGAAAUUUGCCAGAUGCUGUUCUGCAUAAAUUAUACAACCACAAAGAUCUGGGCUUCCACUCUGAAAUGAUGAGUGACACAGUGGUAAAUCUCGUAGAGAAGGGUGCACUCACAAACGCCAAAAAAAGCAUCCAGACUGGAAAAAUAGUGGCCAGUUUUGGCAUGGGAACCGGAAAGUUAUAUAAGUUCUUGGAUGAUAACUCAUUUGUUUCUAUGCAUGAAUGUGACUUUACCAACAAUAUUUCGCUGAUUUGCCAGAACCCACGUGUGACAAGCAUCAAUACCUGCCUUGAAGUUGAUCUUACAGGACAGGUGUGCUCCGAUUCCAUUGGAAGUUACAUGUACUCUGGUUUUGGUGGCCAGAUUGACUUUGUCAGAGGAGCAGCCUUGAGUUUGGAUGGAGAGGGUAAACCAAUUAUAGCCUGCACAUCCACAACAGAUGAGGGAAUAUCACGUGUUGUUCCUACUUUGAAAGAAGGUGCUGGUGUUGUCACGACCAGGGCGCAUGUCCAUUAUAUUGUCACCGAAUAUGGUAUUGCCUAUCUGUUUGGUAAAAACCUUAGACAACGAGCAUAUGAAAUGAUUAAAAUAGCGCACCCAUCGCAGAGAGAAUUGCUUGAAAAAGCGGCAUUUGAACGCUUCAAGUGUAUGCCAUCACCUUGAAUUUUGCGCUAAAUCUAAGUACAUUUCAACUUGAGUUCUUUUUAUUCUGUGAAAUAGACAGUAGACCUGGAUGUAAACGUUGAAUACUUUAUAGACUGUGACGCAAAAUCACAUAUUUGUUUUAGAACUUAGGCUUCAUAAACAUUAUACUAAGUUCCUUCUGCAUUCAAUUCAGGGAUGAUAUAUCGAUUUAGUAGUAAAUGUAGUGCUAGAUGAAUUUGUUUACGCUUAAAGCUGAUAGAAAAGGUUUGAUUCCUAUAUUUUUGCAAUGUUAUUGUUUGAUUCACAUAUUCUGCGAAAGUGUUUGUCUUGAAUUUCUUCCAGAUUUUGCAAGACCUAAAUUCAUGUAUAAGUAAUAAAUUAGUGACAGUCAAAAGAUUUUCCAAAAUGGUUGAUUAACUUCUUGAAUUUUUAAAUUGUUUUAAGUGAUCGAAUCACAAUGACAUUGUUUCCUAAAAUAAGUAUUUCCCCCACCCAAUGACUGUUUGUUACAAUUGACAAGGUUUUUUAUGGUUAGUUUAUAGCUGCUUUAAUUUAGAAAUCUAAUAUUGUCACCCUCCUUUUUAGUUCUUUAGAGUCAUAUAUAAUAUCAAUAUAAAUUAAAGGGACAUGACUCUAGAUGUACAACACACUAGGAGGGCUUGAUUGUUUAAGCCGAUUUUGCCCGGUACACCGAUUUAGCCAGAUUUAUGCCCAUUUCAGUUAGGCUUGUUGUGUGCGUAUCAAUUGGAUACACUCGCAGGACAUGUCAAAAGCUCAUUUCAAACAAUAUGGCACAUUUCUGUGUACCAGUAUUGUGAUCUGUAUAGCUCAGUGUUGAAUGAAUCCAGCCCACCUAGUCCUAUUGUCAUAAAUUUUAAAAUGAUAAUAUCUAUAAAAUAGAAUUGUUAAAAACUGAUAUUGCCCAGUAUGUGUUUUUUUAUAAGUAGGCUGAAUAUUCAAAUUCAGUUGUGAU